UAAAAUUAAACGUAACGUAUUGUUUGCAUAAAAUGAAACAAAAUGUUUAUUAAGACAUUGAUUAUAACCAGUUUUCUAACUACUUAUGUUGUCAGUGAUUCUUGUGUGACGUACAAUUUUGAAGAAAACUUCGAUGAUACAGCAGGUAGCUACGGCAUAUGUAGCAGCGGCUGGUCUGCAUGGAUUCUUGACGAGUACAGCAACUUGAAUUUAGACGGUCCAGAUGAGCGUAGCACCAAGUUUAUUACACCCAGACGUGAUGCUAGUACAAGCUGUUGGUCAUCGUCUGUAUUUACAAUUAGCCCGGGGGGUACACUUGACGUUAAAAUUUACAUGGAUUCAGAAGACAGUGGUGGUAGCAUAGAUCUUUUCGUCUUCUACGAUGGUACUAAUACAAUAGCAGGAAUUGGUUUUGUGAACUCUCAGACUAUAAAAGGAUGGUACACGAUGAAUGUACCAUUAUCUACUUCAUCUACAAUUAAAGCCUAUAUAUCCAUAUUAGGCGUAGCAUCAACUAGUUCCACAGUUUUAGUUGAUUCAUUCCGCUACAAACCACCCGGUAUGAAUGAAAGUUUAUGUCAGACUUACGAAGAUCCACCGACAACACCUGUGCCGACAACUACUCCUCAACCAACAACUACUACAGUACCAACAACUAUCCCAGAACCAACAACCAAUGAACCAACGACAACUUCUGAAUCAACAACAACUCCGCGGCCAACUACCACUAUUGCUCCAACAGUUACUAGCCCGGUGUCUACGACUGCAAGUCCUUGUGUUAGCCCACCUACUGAUGCGGAAGAUACCACAUGGUUUUGGACCAAAAUAAUAAUUGGCUUAAUAAUUAUUUUAAAUCUGAUUGUGUUAGUUUUAACGUGUAUUAUAUUUUAUGAACUCGGACGAAGAAAGGCUGUAGUACCUUCUCUUAGACGCGAAGUCUCUACACCACAAUGAUUAAUUCUGUGUAUACGACUGUACAGAUAUGACUAACAUAUAACUAAACCAUGUAUAAAUAAAACUUAUCAUUAUUUUAGAAGUAAAAUUAUCAAAUGUAUUUAUAAUUUUGUCAAUGGAUUUUCAAAAGUUGUUUGGCUAUUUUUGUGAAUAACAUAGGUUUUCACUGUAAAUUGUGCCUUGAGGGUUUUGCCAGGAGUUUCAUUUCCAUCAUCUGUAAAUGGAAAUGCAUUCCAUCAUCUGUAAUAUUUAAAAAAAUAUUUUAUUCUC